AAAUCCUAUUUAUAGUUUCAACUUAAAAGUACUCAUAUAUUUUCUCACACUCACAUGACCCUUGCAUUAACUUUCGGAUUUUACCUCCUAAUUCAUAAAACUAUCCAGCACAAGGUUAAAAAGAAGUAUCGAUCGGCAUACAUUUUUGGUCGGGAACAGAGGCAUUCACCUCCAAUCCAAUACUAUCCAGCACAUAUAACUCACUUUGUAACUCCAAUUUUUCCAACCCCGUUAAAAACAGGCAUUCUGUUAGCAUUUGCAUUGGAUGCUAUAUUAUAGUACCUUUCUACCAAUCGCCAAUAUUUUCUCUUGAAUCAUAACUCGUAGUACGUUUUUUCCCUCACUCAUUUUCGCUUUGCCUCCUUUUGGUAAUCGCAAUGCCGCUAAAGGAUGACUUUUGAGGAACAGAAGGCAGAUCUGGAAAGGAAAACAAAAAAAACAUAAAGUAAACGACAUGUGUCGACAAUAGGGCCAAGUGCAGAGUCUCAGCCUCCACUUUCCUUUUCCUUCCAAUAAAUUUUUAGAUUUUCUUUUUCUUUUUCACCAUGUUAUUUUUGUCAGAUUAUUAAUCUAUCUUGAAAGUUGAAAAAUCUGGUGAGCACUUUUAAUAAAAUCUCUUCUUUUAAGUAGUAUACUCCAAUACGAUGCUAGUACAUUUAAAGAAUUAAAACUUAAUUUUACUCAAACUACCAGUAACUUUGUGCUAGGAAAUUCUAUUUUAUUUUUUACUGGAACAAAAAGUGACAAACAUAGGUGGCACAAUCUUCUAUGCAAGUUUCUGUGUGUCCGCUUCUGCUUUUUGGAGGUAAGUUGUCCGUCUCGUUGUUUGUUUUUGUUUUCCAGAAAACCAGUGGUGGUUGGCUUGAGUGUGUGCAGCAGAAGCAGCUGGUUCUCUGCUGGAUGAUGGAACGCAUUUUGUGCUUCAUCUACUUGGUUUCUCUCAUUCUCUUCCAAGCAAAUGCAGCAGAGCCCAUCUCAGACAAGCAAGCAUUGCUUGACUUGUUGGAAAAGUUGCCUCCUUCAAGAUCCCUGAAUUGGAACGCAAGCUCUUCCCCAUGUACCUCCUGGACCGGUGUAACCUGUAAUGGAGAUAGGUCACGAGUUAUAGCCAUUCACUUGCCAGGUUUCGGGUUUCACGGAACCAUCCCUCCCAACACAAUAAGCCGCGUCACGGGGUUGCAAACACUCAGCCUCAGAUCCAACUUCAUAAAUGGUCAUUUCCCUUGUGAUUUUUCCAAUCUCAAAAACCUUUCCUUUCUCUAUCUUCAGUAUAACAACUUCACGGGUCCCUUACCGGACUUCUCUGCUUGGAGGAACCUCUCUGUUGUCAACUUGUCCAAUAAUUUUUUCACCGGCACCAUUCCUCUCUCGCUCUCCAAUUUGGCUCAGCUCACUGCCAUGAAUCUCGCCAACAACUCGCUCUCUGGGCAAAUCCCUGUCUCUCUCCUCCAGAGGUUUCCCAACUCCGCAUUCGUUGGAAACAAUGUCUCUCUUGAAACCUCUCCUUUAGCUCCAUUUUCUAAAUCUGCAAAACACGGCGAGGCCACGGUGUUUUGGGUUAUUGUUGCUGCUUCUCUUAUUGGUCUCGCGGCAUUUGUUGGUUUUAUCUUUGUGUGCUGGUCGAGAAAGAAGAAGAAUGGAGAUUCAUUUGCUCUGAAGUUGCAAAAGGUAGAUAUGUCUCCGGAAAAAGUAGUGUCGAGGGACCUGGAUGCAAAUAAUAAAAUUGUUUUCUUUGAGGGGUGUAGUUAUGCGUUUGACUUGGAGGAUUUGUUGAGGGCUUCUGCUGAGGUUUUGGGGAAGGGGACGUUUGGUGCUGCGUAUAAGGCUGCGCUGGAGGAUGCUACCACUGUUGUUGUGAAGAGGUUGAAGGAGGUGGCUGUUGGAAAGAAGGACUUUGACCAGCUCAUGGAGGUUGUUGGGAAUCUUAAACAUGAGAAUGUUGUUGAGCUGAAGGGGUAUUACUAUUCCAAAGAUGAGAAACUCAUGGUAUAUGAUUACUACACUCAGGGGAGUCUCUCUGCUUUGUUGCAUGGUAAAAGAGGAGAGGAUAGGGUGCCUUUAGAUUGGGAUAAUCGGAUGAAAAUUGCUUUGGGUGCUGCACGAGGCCUUGCUUGUAUUCAUUGUGAGAAUGGGGGGAAGCUUGUACAUGGCAAUAUCAGAUCCUCAAAUAUCUUUCUCAAUAGUAAACAAUAUGGUUGUGUAUCUGAUCUUGGCCUGGCAACCAUAAUGAGUUCAGUUGCCAUACCGAUCUCGCGAGCCGCUGGUUACAGAGCACCUGAAGUUACAGACACGAGGAAAGCGACUCAACCUUCUGAUGUUUACAGCUUUGGUGUGGUGUUACUAGAGCUUCUCACUGGGAAAUCCCCCGUCUACACAACUGGUAGCGAUGAGAUUGUGCACUUGGUGAGAUGGGUUCAUUCGGUUGUGAGAGAGGAGUGGACAGCUGAAGUGUUUGACUUAGAGCUGAUAAGAUAUCCCAAUAUAGAGGAAGAGAUGGUGGAAAUGUUGCAGAUAGCCAUGUCAUGUGUGGUGAGGGUUCCUGAUCAGAGGCCUAAGAUGUUAGAACUUGUAAAAAUGAUAGAAAAUGUCAGGCAGAUUGAGAUAGUAGUGAAUCAGCCAUCAAUAUCAUCUGAGAACCAAGUGGAAAGUUCAACACAGACCCCUUUAACCACUUAACAUGAAUGAUCAAUGAUGAAUCCCCUCAGUGUGAUAUUGACAACUCACUCCCUUAAUUUCUACCCCUUCACAAAAAGAGAGCUGCUUGCUGCCCCUUUGUUUGAUUUGAGUGUAUCUGAAAAUGUUUUGUUCCAAAUUCUGAACAAGAGCAUGGUUCUUUUCACCUCUUUUCCAUUUGUAAUUCUUGUUCAGCAAAUUUGCUUUUACCACAAAAGAAAAAAAAAAAAAGCUAAACUAAUUUAAUUGAUUUUAUAUCAUUGUAAUUUUAAUGAGUGGAGGGAAGGAAGCACCACAUGAUCAUGGUGCAAUCAUGUGGUUAUUUGUCUUGCUAGCUGUUAACCUGAUAUGAAACAUUUCGAUCUUUUCCUUGA